GGGGGGCGGGGACCAGUCAGUCAGUCCGCCGUGAGCCGCCGCCAGCGUCGCACGUGCCGUCCGCGUUGUGUAGUGAUGUGCUGAUCGUGCAGUGAAUUGUGAACCGUUUUAAACUGGAGAAGGAUAAUUUGCUGUGGAGCAACAUGCUCACCUCCAGUAACCAAUAUUUACGCCCGGAUUACCUGUCACCGCUGCCAACCACUCUCGACGCGAAAAAGAGUCCGCUGGCACUACUGGCGCAAACAUGCAGCGCUAUCGGUGCCGAUACGCCGAACCCGAAGCUCAUCUCCGCUGCCGAGAAAGCCAGCAAGAAAUACGAUGAUAAGCCCACACACAUCGACAACAAGCCAAGUUUUAAGCCUUAUGAAUCGUGCCUGACGUCGAGAGAAAAGACUAGAACUCCGGAGGAUAGAGUGUCUGUAAAUCCUAGUUCUAAAACGCCUUCAUCUAAAGGAAGUGCCUCAACAACACCGGUGCAAGCGCGCUGUAGCAGCAACCAAAGUUCGUCGUCCCAGAGAACCUCGCCCCCUGUGCAUCGCAAAACUCCGUCUGAAAAAUCUGAGGAAAGAUCCAGUCCCAUCAGUUCACCCGUCACAUCUAAAUCUGAUUCAACAUCGACUUCUAAGUUACCAUAUUCUUCUAGUAAUUUACCGUCCAACGCAGAUACCAAAGAACCGUCGAGCUUCAAACCCAGUGUACCUGUCUCUACUUCCGCUUUCCUGGGCGGUUUACCUCAUUCUGGAUUCCCGUUGCCAAUGGAUAUAAUGACGAGCAGUCUAAUGGCAGCUCAACAUCAGGCCCUAAAGAAUGGUUUAAACCCAUAUCUGGCAUACGCAAGAAUGAAGGCACCAGGUAGUGACUUGGGCAUAUGCCGCGACCCAUACUGCACGGGAUGCUCUUUAAGUUCUCACCUGCUAAAAUCUGCUGUAUGUCCUGCCGGAUGUUCUCAGUGUGACCACGCAAAAACUCCGUUCCAACUGCCUACCGGGCAUCCCGCUGCCGCUGCGUACGCUCACGCUCAACUGGCGGCUUUAGCAGCUGCGUCACAACUGCCCUUCGUCUGUAGCUGGAUGGCCGGAGACUCCGCAUAUUGUGGCAAAAGAUUCUCAACUUCUGAAGAGCUACUUCAACACCUGAGAUCGCACACAGCAAGUGGAGAAUCGAGUCCGAGCUUAUCAAUGUUGAGUGCGACUCAUCCGCUGCUUCAGAGGACGUACCCCACGCCACCGCUGUCACCGCUCACUCCUCGGUUUCACCCGUACAGCAAGCCGUCGCACCUGGUGUCGUCACCGCCGCUGCCUUUUCCGCUGCCGCCUCACCCGUCCCUGGCGGCGUAUUUCCCCUCGUAUUCGCUGUUCGGUCCGCGGCCGCUGCAUCCUUGAGGACCAUCGGCGCUCCACGCUCAUAAAAAGGGGGGCGCCGAACAUUAACGCCCAUGCAUAGACAUUCGAAACUGAAGAGUGUAAAUAUAACUUAGUGAUCUUCUAGUUUCUAGUCGGCUCAUAUCAUCGAUGGAAGUGAUGGACCCCUCGGGGUGCGACAGCUGUGAUCUCUAUCUCGUAAUGUUCGUAAUAUUAUAGUGCACUGAGUACAAGCUCGCGUUCGCUUGAUUCCGCGUGAGUGGAUUUUAUUUUAUAAUUAGCUUAAAAUUUGUGUACCAAAUCAAUAGCUAUGUAAUUUAUAGGUUCUAAGUUGUUGCAAAUAUUGAGGAUUGUUACUUGUGUUUCUAUGUUUAAUUAUUUUAACCGAUUUAGGUGACUACGUUUUAAUAUUGUAUAACUACUACAAUUUUGCGUUGUUGCGGCAUAAUGUAAGUUUCAAUUUAUUUAUUAGUCUGCAAUACAAUAUCACUAAAGAUAAUAAUAUGAUUUUAUAGUUAAAUUUUAAUCUAAACGCACGAUGUUAAAGCGAGUACUGCUCGAAAUGAAAAUAUUGAGGUAUAAAUAUUGUGCCGCAGGCUCGAGUGUAAACUGUAAUUAAUAUAUCCUGCUCUCAAUAUCUGUUGACGAAUUAUUUGUUGUUACAAUAUGAACAUACAAAAUCAAAUAUAUACGUAAUUAUUUAAUUUCA